AAUAAUAUUGGUGUGCCGUUCUUCUGGCGGAAGAAGCAGUAAUGUAUUGGUGGAGAGGCCUUAAAAGUGUUCCUUAGAUCUAAUCGACAAUGAGAUGCUUAUUACCACCGCUUGGGUAUUUGCUUCUUGGUGGGCAAGGACUUCUAUUGACUUUCUCCCUUAUUUCAUCUCAGAAUAAUACAGACCCACGACCCUUCUCUGAGACGAAUAAUAUAAGCACCGAACCAAGAGAUCCCAGAGGGCCCCUGGUUCUAUGCACGUUCAUACCUGAAGAAUUUAUAGAAUGUGAUGAUCCUGUUGACCACGUGGGAAAUGGGACUGCUCAGCAAGACCUUGGAUAUGGAUGCAGAAAGUUUGGAGGCCAGGCAUAUGGAGAGGUAGAACACACACAAGUUAUGUGCCGGGUUUUAGAAGGAAUUGAAUGUGCUGGACCUCGUACCUUUCUACGUGGGAACAAACCUUGUAUCAAAUACACAGGACACUAUUUCGUCACUACCCUACUGUAUUCCUUUUUCCUGGGGUGCUUUGGAGUAGAUCGCUUCUGCCUGGGACAUACAGGAACAGCCGUGGGCAAACUCCUGACACUAGGGGGUUUAGGCAUUUGGUGGUUUGUGGAUCUUAUUCUUCUAAUCACUGGAGGACUCAUGCCUAGUGACAACAGCAACUGGUGUACAAUCUACUGACCUUGGUGCUAACACUCCUUACUUUUACAAAUGUAUUCCCUGAUGGGGAUCUCAUGCACCUUUUACUUCCCUUUUCUGCCCAGUAUUUGUUCUCAAAAUCAUAUCAAGCAAACUUAUUUUCUCACUUACUCUUGAUAUUUAAUUUUAAAAGGGCAGUAUAUGGUUUUUUUUUUAACAGUUUCCUUUUUCAUAUAAUUUAACAUUUUUAUAUAACAAUGUUAUGUUCAAAAUUGUUCUGCAUCAACUUGUUCCAAACUUUAGGCAGUGUUUUUUAUUUUAAUUGUGCAGCAAGGGGUUCUGCCUCACAGGAGGCAACUGCCAGCCAUUAAUAUAAUUAGUUUUUAAAUUUAAAAAAAAAAAGUUAAAGGGCAAUUUUGAAGAUAACAUUUUUGUAUAAUAAUGCGCACUUUGUGUUUAAAAUAAAAAAGUGAUUGUACGUUAUUUAUAGUGGUUAUUUAAAUUCUAAAACCUUAAAAAAAAGAUGUUUACUGCCCCUUUAACAACUUGUUUUGUACAUAAAUUUAAGAGGUUUGGAAAAGUAUAAUUUCAAUGUAUAUAAUUUUUUUUAUUUUUUUUUUGUGAAUAAAGAAAAAUACGCAACUUUGGAAUAA